AUGGUCACCUUCAAAUCAAGACAACCGCCGAUCGACCUACCGACCGAAUUGACGGAUUGGGACUGGCUGUUCGACUCUUCUUACUCCCCAACCAAUAAAUAUCGCCCAAACGAGCUUGCUGGCUUCCAGAAUGCAAUUACCAAAGAGCGGGUCAGUUGGGCAGAUGUCAAGAAGUACUCGACCUACAUCGCCACAGCGCUCGUCAAGAAGUAUAAUCUAAAAGAAGCUGACACCGUCUCGCUCUUCGGUCAGAACACCGUCUGGUACCCGGUCGCUAUGUUUGCAGGCCUACGUGCAGGCGCGAAAAUCAGUGGCGCGAGUCCAGCGUACAGCGUCGAAGAGAUGACAUUUGCACUCAAGACUGCGGACUCAAAGUUCCUCUUGACCACGCCAGGCAGUAUGGAGGUUGCGUCUGCCAGUGCGAAGGCUGCUGGACUGCCGCAGUCAAAUGUGUUUCUGCUCGAGGGCGAGCUCCCUGGCUACACCACCGUUAAGGAGCUUAUCAAGAUCGGAGAGGCGUACGGCGAGCACUCUCAGGCACCUGCUUUCAAAAUCCCGCCUGGCAAGAAGAACAAAGAUGUAUGCGGCUUCCUCUCAUUCUCGAGUGGCACAACCGGACUCCCAAAGGCCGUGAUGAUCUCCCACCAGAAUGUCAUUGCCCAAUGUCUCCAGAUCAAGCAGAUCACCCCCAAGACCCAAAAGAAAAUCAUGGCCGUCCUGCCUCUCUUCCACAUCACCGGCCUGGUCCACCAAAUGCACCUCCCGAUCCUGCUCAAUGCCGAGGUAAUCAUGCUUCCACAAUUCAGCAUGGAAGGCAUGCUCAACACAAUCUGCGAGUACAAGCUCGGCGAGCUGCUCCUCGUGCCCCCCAUUCUGAUCCGUCUCGUCCGCGACCCCAUCGUCGACAAGUACGACCUCUCACACGUGACUCGAUUCUCGUCGGGCGCAGCACCGCUGUCGGAAGAAAUCAUCCAGCAGCUGCAGAAGAAAUUCCCUAACACGGGGUUCAAGCAGGGCUACGGCAUGACAGAGAGCUGCUCGUGCAUCACGGCACACCCGCCCGAGAAGUUCGAUUACAAGUACGCGCACUCGGGCGGCGCCAUCGUCGCGUCGACCGAAGUCAAGAUCAUCCGCCCCGACGGCUCGGAGGCGGGCUUGAACGAGGACGGCGAGGUGCUUGCGCGCGGGCCGCAGGUUGUGAUGGGGUACUUGAACAACGCGUCAGCGACGGCUGAGACGUUCGACACGGACGGCUUCCUGCACACGGGCGAUCAGGGCAGCAUCGAUGCGGAGAACAUGAUAUACAUCAGCGACCGCAUCAAGGAGCUCAUUAAGGUCAAGGGCAUUGGCGUUGCCCCAGCGGAGCUGGAGGAUCUGCUGCUCGGGCAUGCAAAGGUGGAGGAUGUAGCAGUCAUGAGCGUCAGGGACGACUACAGCGGGGAGCUACCCAAGGCGUACAUAGCGCUGAAGCCGGGCGUGGAGGAGAGCGAGAAGGUGGGCAGGGACAUCAUCGCGUACGUCAAGGAGAAGAAGGUCAGAUACAAGUGGGUGGCUCAGGUUGAAUUUAUCAAGGAGAUUCCGAAGUCGCCCUCGGGCAAGAUCCUGAGGCGCGUGUUGCGGGACAAAGAGAAGGCGGGCCGGUUUGGACUAGUGGUCAUGGACGAGGCUCGGGCAAAGUUGUAA